AAACGCGGUUUAAUUAUAUACAAUGACCAAAGGUACCAGCUCCUUCGGUAAGCGUCAUACCAAGACCCACACCCUCUGCAGACGUUGUGGCAACCGCUCUUUCCACAAGCAAAAGAAGACCUGUGCUCAAUGUGGUUACCCUGCUGCCAAGACCAGAUCUUUCAACUGGUCUGAAAAGGGUAAGCGUAGAAAGACCACCGGUACUGGCCGUAUGGCUCACUUGAAGGAUGUUCAACGUCGUUUCAAGAACGGUUUCCGUGAAGGUACUCAAGCCAAGAAGCAAGUUGCUGCUGCCUCCGCUUAAAUUACUUGACCAUCUUUUGUUUUAAUAAACAUCUCUUGAUCUUAUA